CUCGCACUGGCGUGGACGCUGCGGAGCAUUAACACGCCAUCGCGCACCCCCUCAGCACAUUCGCAAACGCAAACAGCGGCUGCGAUCAUGGGCAAGGACGAAGAUGACAGGGCCAUGGAGUCGCCUUUGCUGACAAGCGAGUCUGGCAGCUCAAAGUUUAAGCUCUACAAAUCACGAUGGCUGAUGCUGACACUGGUGUCCCUGCUGCAGAUCUCAAAUGCAAUGAUCUGGAUCGGGUUUGCCCCAAUCAUCAGCAUUGCACGCGAGUACUUCAACACGAACACGACCAUGAUCGACUUCCAGUCCAUCAUCUUCAUGAUCGUGUCGAUCCCAUUCGGCUUUGCUGGCACCUGGUGCCUGAACACGCUUGGCCUGCGCAAGAGCCUGGUCCUGGCGUCGUGGCUCAACGGCAUCGGCGGCAUUGUGCGCUGGGUGGGCGUCUUCCUGCCGUCGCCGCACGCCAAGCUCGCCCUCGUCACCGUCGGACAGGGCAUCGCAGCCUGCAGCCAGCCCAUCUUCCUCGACUCGCCAACGCUGCUGGCCGCCACGUGGUUUGGCGAGCACGAGCGCGCCGAGGCGAACAUGAUUGCCUCCGUCGCCAACCCGGUCGGCAUCGCCGUGGGCUCUCUCCUCAGCGGGCUCUUGGUGAGCGAAGCCGGUGACAUCAAGUGGAUGCUGCUCAUCAACGCUGCGCUCAGCCUGGUCAUCUCGCUCCUGGUGACGGUGCUGUUCAAGGAUCGGCCGCCAACGCCGCCGUCGCACUCUGCGGAGGAGGCGCACCUCUCGUUUGUUGACGGCCUGAAGCAGCUCAUUCGCAUCCCGGCAUAUUGGGCGCUCCUCGUCGGGUUUGGCAUCGGCAUUGGCCUCGUCUCCUCCCUCUCCUCCCUCUUUGGUCAAUUCACAGAAGCGUAUGGGUACUCGAGCGAUGACGCAGGGUACAUGAGCAUGGCGAUGGUGGUGGCUGGGCUGGUCGGUGCGGGCUUGUCCGGGUAUUUGCUCGACAAGACCGGCGCCUUCCUCGUCAUCUUCAAGGUCUGCUAUCUGGGCGCAACAGGAGGCGUGGUCCUCUUCAUGUUCAUGAACAAAGCGGACAACCUGGCCUGGCUCAUUGUCGCCUGCGCCGUCACGGGCUUCUUUGCCUUUGCGGCGCUGCCCGUUGGGCUUGAGCUGAGCGUGGAGUGCACCUUCCCAGUGCACGAGGGCCUCAGCGCGGGCCUCAUCUGGAUCUUCGCCCAGGCCACCAGCAUCGUCAUCAUCUUCUCCUCAAACGCGCUCAGGGGGGAGGCGCGCUACUUCAACGGCACGCACCCCAUCCCGCAGCCGCCCCCACCGGGGCCCACCCCAGACCCAGACAUCCACACCUACUACGAGUACCCGCACGCCAUCCAGCUCUGUGUCGGCUUCACCGCCGUCGCCACCCUCAUCACCCUCUUCCUGCGCACAGAGUACAAGCGCAAGAACUCAGAGGCGGCCUACAACGACGCCCACAAGCAGGCAGCCGUGCAGCAGAAGGAAUAGCCAUGGUGAUAAUCAUCUGAGAGCGGUGGUGGUGGUGGUGGUGGUGGUGGCGUUGUUGUUGUUUGGGGUGGUGGUGGAGGUGGUGGUGGUUGGUUUGGUGGUGGUGGUGGUGGUGGUUGGUUUGGUGGU